AAACCGCUGAUGACCGCCGCGUGAAAAACUCAGUGCACAACCCACAGGAGGUCACUUUCAAUCAACAAACGGCGUGCCUGUAAGUAUAGACUAUCAUUUCCUCGUAAUUUUGCAGUCUCGUUCAGUGAAUUAGACCAUGGCCGGGUUAAGUUCGUUUAUCGAUGUAGCCGAGAACAGUCAUUUUCCUAUUCAAAACUUACCUUAUGGAGUAUUUUCUACCGGAAACGAAGAUCCACAGAUCGGCGUUGCUAUUGGGGACAAAAUUUUAUCACUGAAGAGAUUAUCCUCUUUCUUUGAUGGCCCGAAUCUCGUUAACAAUCAGAAUGUUUUUCUUGAAAAAAAUUUGAAUAGCUUUAUGGCAUUGGGUUAUGAAGCAUGGCAGGAGGCUAGGACAACCAUUCAGAAUCUUCUUCGAAGCGACAAUGACGUUCUGAGGGAUAAUGCAGAGCUCAGAGCACAAGCUUUUUUCAGCCAAAGCGAUGCAACUAUGCACAUGCCAGUCGUUAUUGGGGAUUACACAGACUUCUAUUCAUCAAUUCACCAUGCCACAAAUGUUGGUACAAUGUUUAGAGGAAAGGAUAAUGCAUUGAUGCCUAAUUGGAAACAUAUCCCUGUGGGUUAUCAUGGUAGAGCAUCAUCUGUUGUUGUUUCUGGAACACCAAUACGCCGCCCUGUCGGACAAACCAAACCUAAUGAAAAUGCACCUCCUGUUUUUGGCCCUUGCAAACUUCUUGAUUUUGAGCUUGAGACUGCGUUUAUUGUGGGAACUGGCAACAAGUUGGGUGAACCUAUUUCAAUAAAAAAUGCCCAUAAGCACAUAUUUGGAAUGGUACUGAUGAAUGAUUGGUCUGCAAGAGAUAUUCAGAAAUGGGAAUAUGUUCCUCUCGGCCCAUUUCUUGGUAAGAAUUUUGGAACAUCUAUAUCACCAUGGGUGGUAACAAUGGAGGCUCUUGCUCCAUUUGCGAUACCAAAUUAUCCCAAAGAUGUUGAAAUUCUACCGUACUUGAAACAUGAUGAUAACUAUGCAUUUAACAUCAACCUGUCUGUGGCAAUAAGAGAUAAAGACAUGGUCGAACCCGCAGUUGUCUGUAAGUCUAAUUUCAAAUACAUGUACUGGACAAUGAAGCAGCAACUUGUUCAUCACAGCAUUAGUGGAUGCAAUACCCAAACAGGGGAUCUGUAUGGAUCGGGCACAAUUAGUGGAUUGGAGCAAGAUAGUUUCGGCAGCAUGCUUGAAUUAUGCUGGAAGGGAACUCGCACUGUUGAUCUCGGAAAUGGAAAAUCAAGAAAAUUCUUGCAAGAUGGAGACAAUGUUAUUCUAUCAGGAUUUUGUCAAGGAGAAAAUUACAGAGUAGGAUUUGGAACCUGUGAGGGGGAAGUUCUACCUGCAAUAGAUGCAUCACAGUUUUAGACGAAAAUUGACGACGCUACUUAUUUAUUAUGCACAAAAAUGAAAUUCAGCCGAACUGUUGUCAGUAGAAUCAUGUGUGGCCUUUUCACCUUCGUUGCCUUAGCAUUGUGAUAUUGCGUUGGUUUUUAUACUAUAGCCAAAAAUAAAUAAUGGAUGAAAAA